AUGGUCCAAGCAAAACGUGAAGAUAAUGAUCUUGAUCCUUUGGUAAUGGUUGUAGAAUGGAAUGAGUGUGGUUUGUUGCAACGAGGGAUCACAAAAAAUACUAUAAUUACUAAUUUUUCAACAGGAAUUUGUGCUAAUUAUCCAACAUUCAUUCGGCAGUUUUUAUCUUCACGUUUCACUACUCCAGAAGUUGUACCUACUCUAUCUGAAUCUCUUUUUUGUGUUGAUGGUCUUCAUGUUCUUCAAAAAUGUUUUAAUAUCGUUGAUGAUCUACAAAGGCAUUAUGCGUUCAGAAAUGUACCUUCAUUGGGUUGUGUAUAUCUUGUAUCAGUAACAAGAGCAAAUGUUGCAGAUAUUCAAGAAGUUCAUAAUGUAUUUAGUAUUAAUUAA